CCGCCGGGAUUGCGGCAGCGGGUGACCAGGGCCGCAGCUGGGGACGGAACCCGGGGAGGACUCGGGAACUAAACGCGCCGCCGCCUCCACCCACCCACCAGACACAGCUUGGUCCCAUCUCCUCUUUGCGGGGCACCCGGGGAGGGACCCAUGUGAGGCUGGAAGGGCGCCUUAGAGGAAUUUCCAUCCGCCUGGCUUCGCACUCCAAUAGCACCCCCUCCUCCAAGGGAAGAGGUGGAGAACCUUCUCCCUCCGGUAUAAACCAGGGCUAUUUCAAUUCCUUAAGAGAAGAAAGAAAACACGUCCCAGAGGCACAGGCUCCGGGACCCUCUGUAAGUGGAAAGGGCUUUGCUGCGUAGUCGCCGAGGCGGUGCCGAGAUGCUCCCGUGUUCAGGGGAUGUGAGGCGGGAACCCCUGCCCUGGAGGCCGGCAGAGCUGUUUGGAUAGGAACAGCUCUUAGGGUGGAGAAGAGGAGGUGGCCGCCAGGGACAGAGCAGUAAUUCUGUCCCGGAGGACAGAGAGAGGAGACUAGUCCCUGGCAGGUGCUUGCAGGAGACCGAUGUCUCGAGUGGUAGGAAACCCUCAUGUGGUUUCCUGGGAAAGACGGGCAACGGAUGUGGCCGGAGAGCGCGCCUGUCCUGGACAGAUCUGUGGCCUCUCGUUCACGUGGUUUCGAGGCACAAUGAGGCACAGGGACUCUUGGAAACUCUGGCCUUGGGUGGCACUGCUCCUGCUUCCUGCUUCCACUUCUGUGACCGUCAGGGACAAGCCAGAAAAAUUAUGUCCUAUACUGACAACAGAGGGAAGACAGUUUGCUCAGGAUGACAGAAAUAAACUUGAAGUUUCAGGUGUUGAUUUAGGAGAGAGCUUUUCUCUGAGACAUGCAUUUUGUGAAGGUGAUAAAACCUGUUUCAAAUUGGGAAACGCCCUUCUUAUUAGAGAUACUAUUAAGGUAUUUCCCAAAGGUCUUCCAGAGGAAUUUUCCAUAGCAGCCACUUUUCGUGUACGACGAAACACCAAGAAGGAACGGUGGCUUCUGUGGCAGGUGUUAAACCAGCAGAAUGUGCCCCAGAUUUCCAUCAUAGUCGAUGGCACAAAGAAGGUCGUGGAAUUUAUGUUCGAAGCUCCCGAGGGAGAUGUGUUGAGCUACAUUUUUAAGAACCGAGAAUUGCGUCCUUUGUUUGAUCGUCAGUGGCAUAAGCUCGGCCUGGCCGUGCAGUCUCGGGCCCUCUCACUCUACCUGGAUUGUAAUUUCAUCGCACACCGGCAGACUGCGGGGAAGGGCCCUGUGGAUGUGCAGGGGAGGAUGGUUAUCGCUGCGCGCGCGGCAGACAGCAGGCCGGUGGAUAUUGAACUUCACCAACUUAAAAUCUUCUGUAAUACAAACUUCAUCGCUGAAGAAUCAUGUUGUGAAAUAUCUGCUACUAAGUGCCGGGAGCAGGACGUCUUUGGGAGUGCGGCGUCAUCGUCCCUAACCGCUGGCGCUGGGGAGCGGUCUGCGGAUCUGUGGACAGAGCGGGAACCUCCAGACCCUUGCUCCUGCGCGCCAAGCCAGGGAGAAGCAGGAUUGCCAGAAACUACCGGUUCACCUGGGCAGAAGGGGGAGAAAGGAGAGCAGGGUAUUGCGGGUAAUAAAGGCGAAUUUGGUGCUCCUGGAAUUCCUGGGGAAAAGGGUGAACAUGGCUUACCCGGGGCUCCAGGCUUACCUGGUCAAAAGGGAGAGCAAGGUUUUGAAGGCAUCAAAGGAGAAACUGGCAUAAAGGGUGAACAAGGAGCAAAAGGAGACCCAGGUCUGGCUGGCCUUAAGGGACAAGAUGGUGUGAAAGGUGACUUAGGUCCUCGUGGUCCACCUGGCCCAAAAGGAGAAAAGGGCGAUACAGGACCUCCAGGACCACCAGCCUUAACUGGUUCCAUAGGGAUACAGGGCCCCCAAGGUCCACCUGGAAAAGAAGGUCAAAGGGGAAGACGAGGAAAACCAGGACCCCCAGGAAAGCCAGGACCCCCAGGACCACCCGGUGAAACUAGACUCCCAGUAUUUCCAGAGUCUGUUGGCCCUCAAGGACAAAAAGGAGAACCUGGGGAACCUUUUAUAAAAGGUGAAAAGGGAGAUAGAGGAGAACCUGGACUAAUGGGAUCACAGGGAAUAAAGGGAGAGCCUGGAGACCCUGGUCCACCUGGUUUAACAGGGAGCCUGGGACUAAAGGGUCAGCAAGGACCUGCAGGUUCCAUGGGACCCAGAGGACCACCAGGAGAUGUUGGUUUGCCAGGAGAACAUGGUAUCCCAGGAAUACAAGGCAUUAAAGGAGAAAAGGGAGACCCAGGGGGCCUCAUAGGUCCGCCAGGACUUCCGGGGCCAAAAGGCGAGGCCGGUCCUCCCGGGAAGAGCCUGCCAGGAGAACCAGGUUUAGAUGGAAAUCCUGGAACACCUGGUCCACGUGGGCCAAAGGGUGAGAGAGGACUGCCCGGUGUCCAGGGUUCCCCCGGUGUCACAGGCCCACCAGGGGCAGGGACUCCCGGCAGGACAGGUUCCCAAGGUCCAGCUGGCAAGCCAGGUGUGCAGGGUCCUCGUGGUCUUCCCGGGUUGCCAGGAACUCCAGGGAGUGAUGGAGCUCCGGGGAGAGAUGGAAAGCCAGGCCUGCCAGGCCCCCCAGGUGACCCGAUUGCACUUCCUCUCUUGGGAGACAUCGGUGCCUUGCUCAAGAACUUCUGCGGCAGCUGCCAAGCCAACGUCCCUGGGCUGAAAAGCAACAAAGGAGCCGACGGGGGCUCAGGGGAGCCUGGGAAGUACGAUUCUCCAGCCCGCAAGGGCGAUACGGGGCCGCGGGGUGCUCCGGGAAUCCCAGGCAGAGAAGGGCCAAAGGGAACCAAAGGAGAGCGGGGCUACCCUGGGAUACCCGGCGAGAAAGGGGACGAGGGUCUUCAGGGAAUUCCAGGCAUCCCAGGUGCCCCGGGCCCCGCGGGAGCCCCUGGAUUCGUGGGAAGAACUGGACAUCCUGGUCCCAUGGGAGCAAAGGGUGACAAGGGCAUCGAGGGACCCCCCGGGAAGCCCGGACCCCCUGGACCACCCGGUGUACCUCUCAACGAAGGGGGUGGCAUGAGCAGCUUAUAUAAAAUCCAGGGAGCCAUGAAUGUCCCCAGUUAUCCAGGACCCCCUGGUCCGCCUGGUCCCAAAGGCGAUCCUGGACCAGUGGGAGAGCCUGGUGCAACGGGCGUGCCAGGACUAGAAGGGUUUCCAGGCACAAAGGGAGAUCGAGGCCCAGCAGGUCCCCCAGGAAUUGUCGGAAUAUCGGGUAAACCUGGUGCACCAGGGGCUCCAGGAGUCCCAGGAGAGCCGGGUGAAAGAGGACCUGUUGGUGAUAUAGGUUUCCCUGGACCAGAAGGACCCCCAGGAAAACCAGGGAUAAAUGGAAAAGAUGGCUUACCAGGUGCUCAGGGCCUUGUGGGUAAGCCCGGAGAUAGAGGACCCAAAGGAGAACGUGGUGAUCAGGGAAUCCCAGGAGACAGAGGCCCACAAGGUGAAAGAGGAAAGCCAGGCCUUAUGGGCACAAAGGGAGCCAUAGGUCCCGUGGGGCCACCAGGAAGCAAGGGCUCUAUUGGAUCCCCUGGCCAUCAAGGCCCCCCAGGCUCCCCAGGCCUCCCUGGUGCUGCGGCUGAUGCAGUUUCAUUUGAAGAAAUAAAGAAGUACAUUAAUCAAGAGGUCCUAAGGAUUUUUGAAGAGAGGAUGGCUGUGUUUCUGUCCCAGCUCAAGCUGCCGGCAGCAAUGUUGGCAGCCCAAGCUCACGGGAGGCCUGGGCCCCCCGGGAAGGAUGGGCUACCCGGGCCACCAGGAGACCCUGGACCCCAAGGGUACCGAGGACAGAAAGGAGAAAGAGGGGAACCUGGAAUCGGGUUGCCAGGGAGCCCAGGUCUUCCUGGGACUUCAGCACUAGGCUCCCCGGGUGCCCCAGGGCCCCAGGGCCCCCCAGGACCCAGUGGAAGAUGUAACCCCGAGGACUGCCUGCAUCCUGGGGCCCAUGCCCAUCAGCGGACAGGCGGAACGUGAGCACGCGUCAGGAAGGCUUGCUCCCUGGCCACACCUCCCUGCCACAGGGGCACACUUGGUUCUGUGCAACCCUCGUCUUGCGGGCUGCGUUGUUGUUCUGUUUCCUGGUGCAAGCCAGACACUGAAGCAACAGUCCGGAUCCUGACACGACAAUAAUGUCACAUCGGUAGCUGCAGGUUUUUCCAAAUUCAUUCUGUUUGUUUCCUUUAUCAUUUCUACAAUUUUUAUUUGGAGUUUUAUAUGAAAUAUGCAAACAUCUUGUUAUUAGUUCCUUGAAGUCACAUCAUAUGAUUUGACAGACUGCUGAUGAUGUACACUUCUCAGACUCAUCAGCAUGCGCUGACCUUGGGCAUCUGGAUUUUAAACCUUCAGACUUUUACUGAAGUUUCCUUAGGGUUUCAAUUUACUAUCAUUGUUAACAAUAUUGUCAGUUUUUUGCAGAUAGCUCAUUGCUCCUGUUGAGUUUUUGACUGCUUUUUAAGACAAGAAUUUUCAUCCUCCUGCAUCCCUCCUACUUAUGCAGAAAAUAUACAUAGGCAAUAAGAACUUCAUUUUGUGACUUAUGUUUUGGAAAUAAUACAGGUGAUUAUUUCAUCAGGAAACCUAAAACUCACCAUAGCCAACAAAAAAGUGAUUUUGUGAUUCUUUGUGAUGAGCUCAAGAUGAAGCAAUCACCACUGGCAUGAAUACGUACUUCAUGAGGGGGAAAAGGAACAAAUUCAGAUUGUUUAGGAUUUCCACAAGAAAACCUGACAUUCUGGUCUCUUUCUCUUUGAUGAGCAAUGAAAGCUGUUUCCCCUAAUAACUGUUCCUCGGCACUCAUGGAGCCUAAAUAGCCUGGCAAGACAGUUGGGCCCCGCAGCCAUAUUCUUCUGAGCCCAUGACCCUCGGACUUCAAGACAAGAGCUGGCCAUCAAGGGCCGGGGAUGUAGCUCAGUGGCCCUGCGCCUGCCUGGCAAGUGGAAGGUCCUGAGUUCGAUCCCCGGUACUGGAAAACAAACAAACAACAACAAAAGAAUUGGCCAUCAAAAGAAACGAUGGGAUGUGUAGUGACUGGAAAACCAACCUAUUUGCCUCAGAGAUGAACAGGAUCAGCAAACGCAUUUUGCGAAGGUGACGGACGCCCCACAGCUCCUUUGGAGAAGUUUCCUCAAAGGCCACAGGCUACGUGGUCCCUUGGCAGUUGACACAGGAGCCACCACUCGUUCCCACGCUUGGCCUCAGAAAGGAAACAGAAAGCAGGUCACCAAGCAAAUUACCACACAGUGUCUCAGCGCCUGCCUGGACAUCAUCUGGGGACACCCGGGCUGACAGCCACUGAGGGCGAGCACACCCACGUGAGGCCAUGGCUGGGGUCCAGCUGGCAGGUCCCACACACGCGGACAGCAUCGCCACCAGAGGCCUCGGUCUCUGCAGUCAGUUCUCACCUCUGCAAGGCGCGUGACGGGUUGGCACCUGAGCACCGUACAGCAGGACGAUUGCUUUCGUCUGUGACUGAAAACAGUGCAAGCAAAGCACGCCCACCGAAACUGGAAAAAGCUGUGCAUAGAGCUAAGCCUGGGAUGCGCGCCUCAAGGCAGGCAGGGUUGGUUCCAGUGCACCCAGGAUUCGAACUGGUUUCCGUCACAGCUGAGUGGACUGCUGGCCAGGCACGGUCUCGUGGCUGUGCAUACUUACACCCUCGGCUAUUACAUAUCGAAUUUGGCUGCGUAUUUAAUUCCAUGUUUAUUUAUUUUAUUUUCCAAGGUUAUGUGAACUGUUUUCAACUUUGAAUUGAUUUUCUUCCUUGCUUUUUUUCCUGUGCAGCAGCUACAAUGGUGCUGUGUUUUCAACUUGACAUAAUUGGAACGUGCAUUUGCUUUCUUAGUCAAAUGAUACUUUACACCCAAAAAUGUACAUAGGUUUAAA